AACAAAAGUAAAGGAAAUAAAACAUUAAAAGCCAAACCAAUUUUCUCUCUCCUCAAACUCUAACUCGCAUCGGUUCUCUUCAUCUUCUUCCCCUUCUUCUUCCUCCUCCAGCCUCCGGAGUUCUUAUUGCCUCCUCCUCCUCCCUCUUAAAACCCUAACCGCUCUCUUCGGACAAAAUCACCGUCAUCUAGUUGUAUUGCCACCUCUAAUCGGCGUCUUGGAUUUUCAAUUUGGGGAUUUCUAACCACCUCUCCUGUUCUGCCGCUGCUUUUCUCGGUGUUGACGGCAGUGUAAUUGCGGAGAGUUAACAUUACUGGAUCUGCUGGACACCUCUGUGAAGAAGCAUGUUUGGUUCAAGUAGCCCUUUUGGGCAAUCACCUAGUGCAACCUUUGGAGCCCAGUCACCUUUUGGACAAAGCAAUCCAACCAAUAAUCCUUUUGCUCCAAAUCCUUUUGGUGCAGCUAAUCCUUUUGGUUCACAGACAGGAGGUUCAAUGUUUGGCAGCACCUCAACUGGCGUUUUUGGUCAGUCAUCAUCACCAAUGUCUUCAACAACGGUGUUUGGUGCUGCUUCAUCACCAGCGUUCGGGAGUUCCAAUCCUGCUUUUGGAAGCUCAUCAUCCGCCUUUGGAGGGGGAUCUGCAUUUGGGCAGAAGCCUGCUUUUGGAGGAUUUGGUACUGGUAACCAACCAAGUCCAUUUGGAAGCUCAUUUCAACAAUCACAGCCUGCGUUUGGCAGCAAUGCAUUUGGUGCUUCUUCACCAUUUGGUGCAUCAAGCCAACCUGCAUUUGGUGGUACUAGCUCCUCAGCUUUUGGAUCAUCAACUACGUCAACAUUUGGCGCCACAAGCGCCCCUACUUUUGGAGCUCCCAGCGCUCCUACCUUUGGUUCAACACCUACUUCAGCUUUCGGAAGCACGGGAGCUGCCUUUGGUGUGUCAAGUUCCCCUUCUUUUGGGUCAGGAGGAGCAUUUGGAUCUUCAAGCACCCCUGUCUUUGGUGCUGGAGGCACCUCUGCAUUUGGCACCCCGACCACUCAAGCGUUUGGUGCUGCUACCACUCCAACCUUUGGAGCUACUAAUAGCACUCCAGGUUUUGGGGCUACUAGCACUCCGUCAUUCAAUGUAGCAAAUUCUAGUUCUCCAUCUUUUAAUUUUGGCUCUAGCCCAUCCUUUGGUCAAACUACAUCUACUUUUGGAAGCACCGGUUUUGGGUCUACACCAUCUACUUUUGGUGCCUCAACUUCUCCAUUUGGAGCGUCAAGUUCCAAUACUUUUGGCGGCGGCUUUGGGCAGUCAAAUUUGGGAGGAAGUAGAGUUGCUAAUUACACACCGACUUUAGAAGCGGAUGCAGGUUCUGGUAACCAAGCUGGGAAGUUGGAAUCAAUAUCUGCUAUGGCAGCUUACAAAGACAAAAGUCAUGAAGAGCUGAGAUGGGAGGAUUACCAGCGUGGUGAUAAAGGCGGCCCUGCUCCUGCCAGUCAAUCUACUCCGGGGAUGAAUUUUGGCAUGUCUACUCCAGCACCAACGCCAACACCAACACCAACACCGUCAAGCCCCUUUGCAAACCCAGGGUUCGGACAGACACAGACGUCAUCAAACCCAUUUUCAACACCUGCGCAAGCAAAUCCAUUUUCAAAACCUUCUGUUUUUGGAGCUACAACUACCUCUGCAUUUGGUUCAUCGCCUUUUGGUUCUAAUACAACCUCUUUUGGGUCAGCUCCAGCUUCAACACCUUCAUUGUUUGGAUCAUCUACUCCAGGAUUUGGUUCAGGCACUACUCCUUCUCUUUUUAGUGGAAUGUCUUCCACUAUUGGAUCUACAACUACAUUUGGUUCUACGCCUUCUCAAGGACCUAGUACAGGAUUUGGUUCCACUUUUGGGAAUUCUCAGCCAUCCUUGUUUCAGCAGCCCUCAUCCACACUUGGAUCAGGAACUACUUUUGGGCAAACUAGUUCUUCUAUUGGACAGAGUCCUAACUUUGGACAAAAUAUGUUUAAUAAUACUUCACCAUCUCCCUUUGGGUCAAAUUUAUUUUCAAGCACCACAGGCAACCAAAACCAGUACCAAUUUCCUCAAAGCACUCCCUCUCUUUCAACUCCUUUUCAAUCCAGUCUUCCCACACAGACAAACAGUACUUUCAGCACCUUUGGACAGACACCAUUAGGUGGGAGCAGUGGCUUUGCUGGAUCUGGCAUGUUUUCACAGGGUCCUGGACUGCCUUCUGCAAAUCAGAUAUCUGCAGUUGCACAACCAGUUGCAGUCACAAAUCCUUUUGGGACCCUUCCAGCAAUGCCUCAUAUGUCAAUUGGCAAUACUGGAGCCUCACCAUCAAUUCAAUAUGGGAUAUCUAGCAUGCCUGUUGUCGAUAAACCCACCCCUGUCAGAAUAUCAUCCUUUUUAACAUCAAGGCAUUUGUCUCAGAGGCGGAUCAGGCUACCCGCAAGGAAAUAUCAUCCCAAGAAUGAUGGUUCAAGGGUUCCUUUUUUCAGUGAUGAUGAUGAAGCACCUAGCACUCCAAAGGCAGAUGCUCUAUUUGUUCCCAGGGAAAAUCCAAGAGCUUUGAUAAUCCGGCCGAUUGAUCAGUGGCCGAAAUCUUCAAUGAAGGAAGCAUGCGUCUUGGUGCAUGAAAAUGGUAAUACACUCAAAGAGAAUGAGCAUCCUCAGAACGGAUCCCUUGCUGAAGGAAAUGGUAGAAUUUCCAAUGGAAAUGGGUUGAUCAACGAACGAAGUCAUCCUGUUAGAACCAGCCAGAAACCUGGUGCCAUGUCUGAUGAUACUUCAAACCAUAAAGGAAAUUCAUACAUUACACUUUCAGGUCACAGAGCUGGUGAGGCGGCUAUAGUGUAUGAGCAUGGGGCUGAUAUUGAGGCAAUGAUGCCUAAACUUCGACACUCCGAUUAUUACACGGAGCCCCGUAUCCAAGAGCUGGCUGCUAAAGAAAGGGCUGAACCGGGAUUCUGCAGACACGUCAAGGAUUUUGUUGUGGGACGACAUAAUUAUGGAAGCAUUAAAUUUCUGGGGGAGACUGAUGUAAGACGGCUUGAUCUUGAGACACUUAUGCAGUUCAACAAUCGAGAGGUAAUUGUCUACAUGGACGACAGCAAGAAACCUCCCGUAGGUCAAGGUCUCAACAAGGCUGCUGAGGUAACCCUUCUUAACAUCAAGUGCUUUGAUAAAAAGACUGGUAAUCAGAUUUUAGAAGGACCGAGAAUUGAGAAAUACAAGGAGAUGCUCAAGAAGAAAGCGGAGGAUCAAGGUGCUGAGUUUUUGUCCUACGAUCCUAUAAAAGGAGAGUGGAAAUUUAGGGUCAGUCAUUUUAGCAAAUAUGUGCUUUAUGAUGAUGACCAAUGGGACAUUGCUUGAUGCCCGAUGUUUUUGGUUGAAAACUCUGGACGUAGAUGUUAAAUGUGUCUUGUUGCUGCAAGUUUCUGCUGGCUGCUUUUAAGUAGGGUUUUUGCUGGCAGAUUCUUUGUUGUGAUCUUUCACUUGGUAUGUUUUGUCUUUUCUAUUUUUGUAUAUGCAACAUUUUUUUUUCUUUGGUACUAGUUCAUCUUUGGUUUGAUAAUUGUAUUGUAAUAUUUUCAUUUUGGUAAUGGAACGUUUGGAACUAGUACUA